AUGAAAGAACUUACUGCUACUACGUCUGUUAUUGGUACACGACAAUUGGUUAAUCAACCAUUGUCUGCUCUUACGACUGUUUGGACACCACCAUAUUCUACUCUAAUGGAACAAGGUAUACCAACAUUUGAUGAACAAUCUCUCUUGUCAAAUUAUUCUUACAGUUCAAUGUAUAAAGCAGAAACCUUGAUAAAUGCUCAUUUGAAAAGAAAUUGGAAUACAUGUUGGUCAAAAAUAAUGGCAAUUAGCGAAUUAUUAAUCGGUUUAAUUUCCAUUAUUAUCGGUAUUUUAAUCGUCGUAUUUGAAUUGACGCUGUAUCAAACGGGUCACGGUAUUUGGACUGGUGUAACAAUAUUUAUUGCAGGAAUAUUUGCAUUUUUAACGCUUAUUAAUCGUCGUCAUAGAUUUUUUCUCGUUGUUUCAUUUGUUCAUAUUCUGGCUGGUCUAACAUCAACGGCGAUGAUAUUCGUUUCAGUAUUAGGUAUAACAUUGAAAAAUACAACAUCUGAAGUUGAUCAAACAACAGAUAUUGUUAAGCUUGAUUAUGGUUUACACGGGGUGUUGAUUGGACUAGGAUUAUUAGAAAAAAUUCUUUGCUAUACUUUUCUAAUUACCAUUAUUAGACAUACGCACAAAAUGGUUUGA